UCAGUAAUUUCGGAAAUGUAAUUUAUUAGUUCAAGCGGAAGAAGGUGUGCAAACCAUGGAGAUUCGUGAAAAACUGUAGAUUGUGCACUCUCCUUCAUAUAGCCUCGAAUGCAAACGCCCCCAAGCACGGGCCUCGCAGCUGUCGGACACGAUGUCCGGGAUGUACGGCCAAAACCGCGAGGCUGUUCGGGUGAAAGUUAAGAAAUGUGAAAAGAACGUGCCCUCCGAGACGAGAAAAUUCAGCGUCGACCCACAGAUCACCAACCUGGAGGUGCUGUAUUCGCUGCUCGCGAAAGCGUUCGAUCUGAGGACGGACUUUGGUAUCAGCUACCGAGUGAUUGAGGCGAACGGACAGGAAAGCUACCUCGUGGUGCUCUCCGAUUGGGAUCUAGAGGCGGCCUUUCUGCGAGCACACAACCAGUCGAUUGCCACCAAGAGCGAACCAUGCCUGAAUCUGCGCGUCGACAUCAAACCCUUCUCGGAGGCAUCCGAGUGGGACGGCAACUCGACGGCCGCUUCCAGCAGCAUUCCGCGCGAGCUUGCUUCCCUGCAACAAUCGAUCGGUGCAGGGCAAAAGUAUGUGCAGACCAAGCUCCCCGGGUUGAUCAUGAAUCAGAUGGAGAAAACCUUCUCCAUGGUUCAGCGGGCGUUCAAUAUGGUUGAGGAUCCUUUGCUGACACAACCGAUACGACCACCAUUGGCGGAUGCAGAGUUUCGCAACCUUCAGGAUUCCGUUGGACAGAUCGUGGCUCCUGAGCAGCUGCGUAAGGUCAUUUACUUAGGAGGAAUCGAUCCCAGCUUGCGACGUGUGGUGUGGAAGCAUAUUUUAAACGUCUAUCCCGAUGGAAUGACCGGGCGCGAGAGGAUGGAGUACAUGAAGAAAAAAUCGGCCGAAUAUUAUCGUUUACGUGAUAUAUGGCGUUCUACGAUGCAGCGUGGAAAUAUUGCCGGCGAGCUGGCGUACGUGACGAGUAUGGUGCGCAAAGAUGUGCUGCGCACGGAUCGGUUGCACCCAUUCUAUGCAGGAUCUGACGAUAAUCAGAAUAUUGCAGCUCUGUUCAACGUACUGACGACCUACGCACUGAACCAUCCAGCCGUUAGUUACUGUCAAGGCAUGUCGGAUAUUGCUUCUCCUUUGUUGGUAACGAUGGGUGACGAAGCACAGGCUUACAUCUGCUUCUGUGCCGUCAUGCAACGGUUAAGCUGCAAUUUCAUGCUCGAUGGUAUCGCUAUGACGCUCAAAUUCUCACACCUCUCGGAGGCAUUACAAUACUACGAUCCGGAUUUUUUCUCCUAUCUCAAGCACCAUCAGGCUGAUGAUCUGCUGUUCUGCUACCGCUGGUUGCUGCUUGAAAUGAAGCGCGAGUUUGCGUUUGACGAUGCACUGCGAAUGCUCGAAGUGUUGUGGAGCUCACUGCCUCCCAUGGCACCCCAGGGCGAGUUGGCACUGUUCGAGAAGGAGUACGAACCACCUCCAGCACCGGACGCUGUGCUUCCUCCCAGUCAAAGCCCUUCCGUUAUGCUGCGUACACCACGCGAAAAUCCCUAUACCAAGGUAUGUGCACUGAGGCGCCAAAGUUCGGCCCUUUCGCUAAGCUCCUCGUGCACCUCCACCAACCCGCUCAACAUAAGUGGAGGCCGGUCCGGGCAAGGGCGCUUUGGUGUCGAUGGUCGUUCGCUAGAAGCGACACGACGGCUCAAUCUCAGCCUAGACGAAAACAUAACCCGCGAGAAGGUGUAUUCAACGGCCAAGGCAAACCAAGUGCAAAAGGUACACCAAAGUCUAGACGAAGCAAAGAUCGCGCUCGUGAAACAGCGCAAGAUCGUACGCAGCGUAGGCGACGAUGAUAACAUUCAGGAAGUAAUACCAUCGACCGAUCCCAACUAUGGGGACACGGCAUCCGAAGAUAACGUAACGGACGUGGAGGACAGUGUAUUCCAUUCCCCUCAGCAUCAAGCAAAACUAAACUCCUGCAAUAACAAUCCAUUCAUUAGUGAUUCGAUAGAGAACGUUUGUAACGCACCAGCAAAGCCAGAACCAGCCACGGAAGAGUGUGAAGCUGGCAUGGCGGAAGCAAAGGAACUUGCGACAGUACCACAGGAGGAAUCGCUAGACGGAUCAACGCCAACCACUAACAAUAGUAGCGCAGCAAGCAGCGUACGGAACUCACCGGUAAUCGGUCGCAGUAGAAGCCUUUUUUCGACAUCUGCUACCGGAAAACUGAUUGCUCGCCAACUAAGCCAACAAAAGAAGCAUUUCACGUCGACUACCCCUUCGACAGGCUCGACUACUGGUCAUUUCCAUGACCUUAAAGAGAAGCUGGCCGCAGGACGAAAAGGAAUCUUCGCUUCGCUCGAUAAAUCCGCCGGCUCUGGGACCGGCGUUGAUCCAGCGCUCAGCAGUGAUGCGGCGAAUGGCGUACGCUCAUCGAACGAAGUUGAACGAGCAAAACCAAAGUUGGUGAAAAACUUCAAUGAGUUCCUCAAUUUUGCGGCAAUCAAUAAAAGCCGUAUCAGCGAUCGACUAGCCACUAAAAAACUACUAGCAAACGUGCAUCACACUUCCUCAGCCAACAGUGUUGGAGGGCAAUCGUCGCUCGAUUCGACAUCAGCUAGCAGUCUCGGUGUAUCGCAGGACGAAUCGACGGAAACGAUCGAGUACAACGAACUGAAGCCGAAACCCGUGAUCAAGCUGACGAAAUCAUCGUUCGAUGAUUCGGAUUCCUCGGCAACCAGCGUUGGUGUUGGUGGUGUUGAUUCGAUGGCAACCACGACAGCUCUUUCACGAUCAAGCGAUAAUAGCAGCUUCAUCGUGGACGAUAGUUCCGCCUCUGUUUCACCCAUUCACCAGCGCGUGGCAAUCGAUCGGCCAGAGAAGUUAACUUUAGCCGAAGGGACAGCGAUUGUAGCGGCUCCUGGAGACGGUAGUAGUCCCGAUGAUUCGCAAGAGUAUUUCCCAAUGACGACAUCAAUGACGCGUGAAUUGCGACUUGAGCUGGAAAACCUCGAUCGCCACGUGUUUGGCAGCGAGUUUCACACGAAACAGCAACGUCAGCUUUAUACGCUCAGCAGCUGUCCCGACCUGGAAACACCGCCAGAAAGUGAGCCAGCUCUUCCAGUAGCUCAUCACGAUCCUUCAGCAAUUGCGUACAGUAAACUCCAGGACACGGUUACUAGCACGUCCACGUUGUGCGUCGAUGUAGCAUCGAGCAUGGAGAUUCAAUCGAUCGAUGAAAUCUGUGAUCGCACUUCAUCACCCGAACCGGUUGUCGUGCGAUACCGCGAGAAACCCGGUCGACGAAGAGACGUGACCGUGGGCAGUAGCAUUGCUGGUGACCAACGUGAUAGCAAGCGUGUCAGCACCACGAGUACGAAUGUCAGCAGUGAUGUGUUUGUAUGGGAGAAUCCGCUUCAUCAGUGUGACGAUGAGAGUCCAAUGUCGGUGGGAACCACGGGUGGAUUGGGAACGGCCGGAGAACUUACUCAAAUCCCUCAGCAACAGCAGCAGCAGCAAAGGACCGCCACUACACCGGACGAACAUCCUGAGCUCGAGUACGACGGUGAAAUCAUUGAGGAGACAACACUCGGCAAGAAGUCCGUUACACCGAUACGAUUGGUGCGCAAGAAUGGUGAUCGUUCGGUGCCAAACUCAAAUCGCAACUCGAUGAUUUUGCCCGAUUCGUCCGAUUCGUCGGACGAUUCUCCUCUUGCCAGAUCACCGGCAGCCGUUAAGUUUAAAUUUCAUCCCAACAAUCCCUUCUUCGACGCCACAACGAAUGCACUAGACAAUCGGCCACCUCAAAACAGCACGUUGGUGCUAACACGUGAUCCGGAUCUCAUUGCGACCGAUGGUGUUCUCCUCGAGCAGGCAACCGAAGCAUCGGCUGGAAGUGGUAUUGAUGGUGGUUCACUGGAUCAGCACAUGCCUAAUGAUGGAUUAACGUCUGUCGAACCACAGGUAGCGAACGCUGUACUAGAAUCACCAGCAACCACGAUAGUAGAAAGCACUGCACAACCACCAAUCGUUCCUCAACCAUCACUACCACUGCAAUCAGCACCGGGGAUUAGCCUGUCGCCGACGGUUGCCAUGAAGAUUGCCGGUGUGAUUCCACCUCCACUCGAAUUUGGUGGCGGCAAUCCCUUUCUGAUGUUUCUCUGCCUCACGAUACUACUGCAGCACCGGGAUUACAUUAUGAAAACCGGCAUGGACUACAACGAGAUGGCAAUGCACUUUGACAAGAUGGUUCGAAAGCACAACGUAACACGCGUUCUCAAUCAGGCUCGCCAGAUGUACGCCGAAUAUCGGCGACUUUACCAACAGCAACGAAUGCAACAACAGCAACUUCAACAGAAUGCAUCCCCCGGAGGUGGUAGGGCGUCCCUAUCGAUGACCAGUAGCUAUCACGGGAUGCAAAACGUUGGACUCCGAAGUGUUGGGAUGGAUUCGUUUAGUCGGAAGGCAUCCGCUCCGGAGGUAAGCUCCGCUCGACGUAAUACCGGUGGCGAUCUUACGCUCGUAACGUAGUCCAAGAACAAGUAGCAGCAGGUUAGUAUGAUUACUUUCUUUUUUACUUUUCGCUAUGUUCCUUCACAUUUUUGUUUGAUUAAUCAAAACAUAUUUUCAAUGAGAUUUUUUUAAUAAUGUAAGUUACUGUAAGUGUAACCAUGUCUGCCCCAGGUGAUUAUGUACGUGAUCACCUUUUAAACAAUCUGUGAUGAUGUGUACGACAACGGGCGCACAGGUCCUUUGUUUUCCUUCGUAUAUCGUACGAAUUGUUCCAGAUCCUUUGUUUGGGGCAUUUCGAUUCCAUAGAACAAGACGGCAAAAGGCAUUAAUGAUUUACGUCGAACAGCAUGGAAGGUAGAGGGAAUAAUGUGUAUCGUGAUAUUUACGGUUAAUACAGUAGCAAUUAAUUUCGGCAUAGUAGGUCCUUUCGGAAGCCCUUUUUAGAGUAAAAUUACGAUAAAAAAUUACUCCAUCACACCGGUGCCACCGUAUACUGGCUAACGUUUUGCGAGUUGUUCUAGCACACCACCUUUCUCUCUAUCUUGCUCAGCUGCUUGCUUACCUAGCCGCUACAUUUAUCCACCGAGAUCAACACAAACAUCGUCGUUGCAGUAUACAGGCACGUUGACAAGAAUGCUAGCAUACCAAAAGAAAAGAUUACAAAAUAAUAGAACCAUAUAGCAAACUCAAAAGCAAGAGCCGAAUUAUAUCCGCUUCGCGAUGCACCGGCACUAACUAUUUUCAUUCUCCAUAUAUUAAUCCGUUGCCGAAUGCCCCGGAGGGAACUAUUUACACUUUCCAGCAAGGCAAGAUGUUGCAAAACUGGUGCAGGUCAAGUGUAUUUAUAAGGGCGCGCCUAUUAUAGACUAUAGAUAGAAUAGAAAAUCACAUCCCAUUGUGAGAUGGAGAAUAGGCAGCAGGAGUAUUUGUGCUCGAUUCGAAUUGCAGCUAUUCGAGAAACAUCCCGCUAGCUAUACAGCUCUACAUGUGUUGUCAUUGUGUAUUUCUAUAUGUGUAUCUGACUUAAUACGUGUGUGUGAAUAACGGAAACGGAAAUGGGAACUUCACAUUGUUGGCUAGUUUGAUAGGACAUUGAACAACAGGGAACAAGCGGUAGUAGUCAUUUGCUAGAAAGGUGGGCUACAUAGAAGAAGCAAAACCACACCAAACACCACGUUAACAGAUUAGGGGAAGUGCUAGAGGAGCGCAAAGGGUAUCUUGUUGGAUCCAUUUUUUUUCUUUUGAACUGAUCAAAACGAUCGUACAGUCACAUUGUAAACCACGUCUCGCUUCUGCUUUCUGAGCAUAAUUUUAUCGACUUCCAAACGAACGUACACCAAGUUUAGACGUACACCAUGAAAAGAAAUGCGAUGGAAAAGCAUAGGAGAAAACAUACGGAUCAUUUCAGCGAGUUUAAAUCUAGUGCCGCUGACGAUAUUCGCAUUCAAUUCAAUGCUUCGCCGUCUUCGACAUGUCGUUUCUUUGGUUCGGAUAGACGGAUCACGGUACUCCCCCCUUCUCGCCCUAUAUAAUUCGAUCUAUAAAGAGACUGAGAGAAGACGAAAUCAAUGUAUUAUCAUUAGCGUUGGGCUAUUAUGCUACAUGAAGACGAAUGAUAAAGGCUGUUGCGUUUGGAAGUACACCCAAGUGAUUGCAAGCGAAAGCAGUUAGUAGAAUUUUGCACGUAAUUCGCUUACCAAAAAGUUUUACCAUUCCGGGCUCCAGCUUUGUUUUUCCCGCGAGCACAAUGAGCGACCAUUCGUACGUUUAUUCGUAACUGAUAUUUAUUCUUAAAAACAACACAUACACACGAAGCGAAAUACGUUAAGCUGCAAAUAAUAUGCAAGAUAAAAGUCAAGCGAACCGUGUUUGAGCAAGAGCGCGGUAUUUUUAGGAUUGUGGGAUAUUAAGUAUUGAGUUCAAUUUAGCUCUUUUCGAACUGAUAAAGGUGAACAUAGCGGUACCCAGAUUUCGUAAGUGCACACGAAGAAUUGCAAUAAAUCAGAAAGAAAAAAAUCCAACUACGCGUGAGCAAGCAUCGACAAUUCAUUAAGGCAUUGAUCUAUCCGAAAGAUCUAAAUAAACGAACUUUUUUUUCAUCUUAACAUAUUCAACAUGUCUGAAAUUGAUGAUAUAUUGCGAGCGUGUUCUAUGGAGAGUAUGGCAUUAAAUCCAAGUUUAUUGAAUCGU